AUGUUGGCGGUGUGGCUGGCACAUGCCCGCUUCUUUUUCUUAACUUCUUCACCCUCACUCAACAUUUUCCACGGCCUCCCGACUCGCUCUCCCUUUAUCUCUGUUCUGCUCAUCCAACCCAAGUCCCCCCCACUUGCUCUUAUCCUUAACCACAACUGCCGCGUUUCGCUUUUUCGACCCACUUCUCGCUCAUUUUCUACCAGUAUUUCCCACGAGCCUCAUCCACUAUUUUCAGGAACUGGCCUGCCACUCAACAAAACUUUUCUCUCUAUUUAUCUCUCUAUUUAUCUGUCAAUCUCUCUCUCUGUCUCUCUCUCUCUCAUUCUCUCUCUGUCUCUCUCGCUCUCUCUCUCUCUCUGUCUCUCUCGCUAUUUGUCUAUCUCUAUUUCUAUAUAUCUAUUUAUCUAUCUGUCUGUCUGUCUGUCUCUCUUUCUCUAUCUGACUUUCUCUAUAUCUCUCUUUUUCUCCCUUUAA